AUGCGAGUUUUCAAAAGGAAACUUUUCGUGAAAGAAAACUCAAUUUCCCUUUCAACAACUUUUCUGAUACCAAAAUUACGCAUAAUACACGCGACAAGAUGUUAUUCAGCUACCCCAAGCGAGGAACAAACGCAUUCAAUUCCCCAUGACAAUGACGAUAAUUUGCUAAUAUCUUCCGAAAGACAAGUCAGAAAGAUAAAGAAUUAUUGGUUCCCAAAACCUACAUUUAUUACCACGACACUUUUUCCCGUGUUCUCUGAUUCGAUGAAUGAACAUUUGUUCAAUGCAAUUGCGGCUGAUUGCAUUAAACGAUAUUACGAGAUGCGAGGUCGAAAAGUGCUAUUAAGUGUAGGGACCGCUGAGUAUGGGCAUAAGGUACAGCAGGCUGUAGCAGAAAGCGGGUUAACUGCACAGGAGUUUUGUGAGAAAAAAAUGAUCGGAUAUAAGGAGGUUUUAGAUGCUGCAAAAGUAAUGUACACGGAUUUCAUUCGCACCACAGAGCUCAGACAUGAAAAGGCUGUGACAUAUCUUUGGAACAGUCUUGUUGAGAGUGGUCUAAUUUACAAAACUAAACAAGAAGGAUGGUAUUCGUCGCUGAGUCAAUCGUUUUACAUUGAAUCCAAAAUAAAGAAGGUAAAACAUUUACACACCGGAAAGGAAAUGAUUAUGUCAGAUGUGAAAAAUGCUAAACCAGAAUUACUUGAAUGGGCUUCUGAGGAACAUUAUAAUUUUAAACUUCCGAGGAUGCACUACAAGUUGAAAAAAUGGCUGGAUUCUAAAAAACUCGUAUUUGCACCAGAUAAACCUGAAAAUUAUUUAUAUGAAAUAAAAAAACUGUUAAAAUCUUUACGUGUCUCGAGGCCUCGUUCUCAAGUAGACUGGGAAAUACCUGUGCCUAACGAUCCGGAACACACUAUAGAACCAAUUUUCGAAGUAUAUGUCAAUUAUUUAACCGUAGCCGGGUAUCCCUGGUCAAACAAAUCUGAUAGAAAUCAUUGGCCUAUUGAUAUUAAUGUAUGUAAUAUAAAGUCAAUAAAGACCCAUGCGGAAACAGGACCCGCUCUAUUGUUGGCCGCGAAUAUCAUGCCAGUAAAAAAAAUAUUUGCAAACUCUUUUAAAUCGUACUCUUACAACGCGGAAACAAUGAAUGUUAUACAUCUGUACGGGUUAGAUGCUUAUCGAUACGUUUAUAUGGCUUACGGCAAUAACCCGGAACCGCAAGAUUUUUCGUUGGAGAGCUUCAAUAUUCGGUAUCACAAGGAUUUGGUUAAUCAGCUCGGAAAGCUAAUUAACAAUUGUUUGAAACCAAAAUUUAUGUCAUCACCGUGGACACCCAGAUACCCACAGUAUACAGACGAUCAAAUAGUUGACGAGGAUGUGCUUUUGCAUAAGACUUUAUCAACAUUUUCAGAUGUCGUCGAAAAAUAUUAUGAAAAUUUUGAUUUGGCGAAUGCAUUAAAACAUAUAAUUUAUGUCAUUACAUUGGCUAAUAAUCAUUUUGAGGAAAUAUUACCGUACGAAGUUGACUUGAUUAAAGAUCGUCACAUCAUCAAUAGAGCGUUAUUUUAUUCAUUCGAGACGUUACGCAUCUCAGGUAUCCUGUUGAUGCCGAUAAUGCCUGAUAAAUCCACAAAACUACUAAACAUUCUUGGAGUGUGGAAUAACGAGCGAAAGUGGGAAGAUGCAAAAUUUGGUGCAGGAUGGACAUAUGUUGAUGGGAAAGGAAGGAAAUGGGCCGAUUACUUAUAUCAAGAAUUAUAUCCGUGUGUUAACGUAGGUUUAGGUGGUUCUGGACUGAAUAAACAAGAGUCUGUUGAAGAGAGGUUAAAAUUAGUAAAGGGGAAAAAGAUCGUUUUUGGAGGUGAAAAAAUUAAUGGCAAGAAUGAUAUCCAGAGCGAAACUUCUGGCACGGACAAAGAAGAAGGAAAGGUUAAUCAGGACGACAGAUCUAGAUUUAUAAAACCUGUGGAGAAGUCUAGAUAUGAUUCGUUCCUAACCCUUUCAAUGCAAAAAUUGCGUAAAGGAGAUAUAAAAAAGAACAUUAGCAAAAUCCUUGAAAUAAAUGAUACAACCGAUGAUUUGAACAGUUAA